AGACCAGGAGGGAGGAGGGAGAGGAGGAGCAGGCCCGCCCGGCUUCUCCAAACUCGCGGCCAGGGCGCGCGGUGGCUUCCUCCCCGCGCUCCCGCUUGCGCCCCCGCCCGCCGCCCGCCGCCCGGCCGGCAUGAACGCGGAGACCUGCGUCUCUUACAGCGAGUCGCCAGCCGCGGCCAUGGACGCCUACUACGGCCCGGUGCCGCAGAGCCGGGAGGGCUCCUCGCCCUUCAGGGCGUACCCCGGCGGCGAAAAGUUCGGCGCCACUUUCCUGCCCGCCGCCGCCGCCAAAGGGCAGGGGUUCGGGGACGCCAAGAGCCGGGCACGCUACAGCGCGGGGCAGCCGGACCUGGGGGCGCCCCUGGAGAGCGGCGCCGGGGCGCGGGGCUCCUUCGCCAAGUUCCAGCCGCAGCCCCCCGCGCCGCCGCCGCCGCAGCAGCCCCAGCCGCAGCCGCAGCCGCCGGCGCAGCCGCAGCACCUCUACUUGCAGCGGGGCGCCUGCAAGACGCCCCCGGACGGCAGCCUCAAGCUCCCAGAGGGCAGCGGCGGCCACAACGCGGCCCUGCAGGUCCCCUGCUACGCCAAAGAGAGCUCCCUGAGUGAGCCAGAGUUGCCACCCGACUCUGAUACCGUGGGGAUGGACAGCAGCUACCUCAGUGUGAAGGAGGCUGGGGUGAAGGGGCCCCAGGACCGGGCCAGCGCCGACCUCCCCAGCCCACUGGAGAAGGCUGACUCGGAGAGUAACAAGGGCAAGAAGCGGCGGAACCGGACCACCUUCACCAGCUACCAGCUGGAGGAGCUGGAGAAGGUCUUUCAGAAGACCCACUACCCCGACGUGUACGCACGGGAGCAGCUGGCCAUGAGGACGGACCUCACCGAGGCCCGCGUGCAGGUCUGGUUCCAGAACCGGAGGGCCAAGUGGCGGAAGCGGGAGCGCUUCGGGCAGAUGCAGCAGGUCCGGACCCACUUCUCCACGGCCUACGAGCUGCCCCUCCUCACGCGCGCCGAGAACUAUGCCCAGAUUCAGAACCCGUCCUGGAUCGGCAACAACGGGGCAGCCUCGCCAGUGCCCGCCUGCGUGGUCCCCUGCGACCCGGUGCCAGCCUGCAUGUCCCCUCACGCCCACCCCCCUGGCUCCGGGGCCGGCGGCGUCACCGACUUCCUGAGCGUCUCUGGGGCCGGUGGCCACGUGGGCCAGACGCACAUGGGCGGCCUGUUCGGAGCCGGCCUCGGCCCGGGCCUCAACGGCUAUGAGCUCAACGGGGAGCCGGACCGCAAGACAUCGAGCAUUGCGGCCCUGCGCAUGAAGGCCAAGGAGCACAGUGCGGCCAUCUCCUGGGCCACAUGACAGGGCCCUCCCGCCCUGGCCCGCACCCGCCCCACCUCGGGGCGCUGGCCACGCCCAUGCUUUCCAGGCCCCCAGCCUCCCACUCGACUUUCCUCUUAGGAACCUGGCCCGGGUCAGGGGCCUGACCCUCAGCACUUUCAGCCACCCCAGGUCUGAGGCCCCGGGGACUGCUGGGAGGGAGGGGACAGCAGGCCCCUGUCCCUCCCCGCACCAAGGCCGAGAUGCCUGCUCCCGGCCAGGGGCAGCGGAGGAAGCAGUGGUCGGGGUUGCGACUUCGCAUCCAUUAGAAGCUGGAGACCCUCUCCUCCAUCCCGCCUGGUGUGACCACUGAGUCAAGUCUAAAUUCCCGCCGAGACCCAGCAGCAGCCGCAAUGCAGUCACGUCCGUCCAUCCUUCUUCUGUGUGGCCCCCGGUCAGCAGCCCCAAGACUGUCUGGAGGACAGGCUGACCUGCAGGGUCAGCCCUCUGCCCUCCUGGCUCCUUUCCUCUUCUUAAACACCCCAUAAAACCUGACCUCCUGGACCCCAGGCACCUGCCUCACCGUCACCCAGAGUGGAGGAGUCCCCAUCCUGAGUGUCCCCAGGCUGGACACGCCCAGAAGGAAUGAAUGGGCCGAGGAGCGGGAGCCAAAGAAUCCAGCGGUCACCAGCAGUGCUGACGUGCAGGAGGGGGACGCACCCGGAAACCCUGGAUCUGGGUGAAUCGCCAGGGAAGAUGCAGACCCCACGGUACCCCCGGUGCUCAGGGGAGAGAAGCUUCCAGAGAGAGAAAGAACCACAGGGAAAUGUCCAAGUGAGGGCAGGGCUCGCACACACACUCUGUCUCCGGCCCUGACAUCCCGUUGUGGGCAGGAUGACAGCGACCAUGGGCAGGUCGGGCAGGUCUGUUCUCCAUCCAGCUAGCCCCUCUGAGGGGGGAGGGGGUUGGGUUCUCCCUCCUGUCCCCUCCUGGUCACUCACUGGGGCAGCUGAGCAGUGUCUUGGAAGGACUUACACCUGGGACAUUGGAGCCAGGGCCUGGGGGAGGCACAGGGUCAGGGGCGCGUGCGGGAUCUGCUGGAGGACCUGUGCCCACGCUUGGUCUCCAGGCUGCCUUCCCAUCCUCUGCCAUCUCUGGCACACUGACAUACCUUCCAGAGCCUUCCACAGUGACGGGGCUCCGUAGCCUUCCAGGCACAGGGCAGACAGCCCUCCUCAUGCUUCUUCCUAAGGGAUGGGAAGCCCCAGCCCCUUCCUCUGGCCUCUGGGAGGCUCCUAGGGGAGAGCCCAGGAU